AUGCAUCCGAGACCAACCAAUAGAGCUGAUGGUUUUGUCAGCCAGAAUCACUCAGAUGCCAUGCAAAGUCAAGGACCUACCGUGAGCCCGGUGAACCAUGUUCCAGGAUCAGAAGAUUUCGAAUGGGAAGCCGAGAUGGUGCCAUCACAAGGCCAAGCUGCAUCAACGGUGCCAAAUUCUUCCCAAUCGAUGUCUGCUGUGAUGAUGAAUGUCAGAGUUCCCAACAAUCAGCCUCCAAUGCCAGUGAGACAGCCCAUGCCGCAUGUGUCAAUGACACCAAGUGCCCGACCACCAGCUGCAAUGAUGGGAAGCCCAGGAUCGUCCUACGCAGCUUCCGAGAUUGGAAGCCAAUUGAUGGUGACUCAAGCAUCCCUCGAAAGCUGGGGAAACAAGAUCGUGGGCUUUGGCAAAAAGCAUCUGAGGUCUCGUUACGCCCAUGUGUACGAGUCCGACCCAGGUUACAUCAAGUGGAUUCUGGCCAGAGCCGACAACCUUUCCGAGGAUGUGGCAGAUUUCGCAAGCUAUGCUCGAGCUCGCAAUCAACUGGAGCAAUUGGCCAACAACCCGGUUCCAUGA